AUGACGGCCUCCCUCUCCUGUUUGUGGGCGGUUCAAACCCCCAGCUGCCCCUCCGCUCUUGAGUACACAGGGCUCCGCAUCAUCCGACAGCGGAGAGCAACUAAUUCCACAUUUAAGAGGUGGGACAGCAAAGCGGCAUAUCAACUGUCCGAGACAUUGAACAGCUAA